AUUCAGACCUUUUCUUACUCAGAAUCGUUGCUGUCGUUGAACGAGUAGGUUGGGUAGAAUGCGGACUUUACUCGCGCUUUUCAUUUGUUACUACAUCCUGAGGUUUGGUGCUGCGACCGAAGAAUUGGAAUGUCCUAAAAUCAGCAACGGCUAUUACCCACACUGUCGAUGCAAACACGGACCAGCCUACGACAAUGAAACAAACACUUGUCCAAAUCCUGAAUGUCCAGUAAAUGAAAGCGUUGGAAUCUAUCCGAACUGCGUCUGUGAGAAGAAGAACUUCGGUUACAGCGCCACUUUAAACGAAUGUUUUCGAGUUUGUCCGGAAAAUAGCAGCGGCUAUUGGCCCAAAUGCAACUGUGAUUCCGAUGGUGACACUUUCAGUAAGGAAUUGUUCAGAUGCAUUGCCUGUCCCGAAGACAGUACCGGUCAAUAUCCGGAUUGUAAUUGCGAUAGUGAUAGUGCCAUUUAUACCAGUCAUAACAAUGAGUGUAAAGAAUCUAAACCUAAAUGUCCGUUUAAUGGUGAAUACCCCAAUUGUACGUGCGAAGGCACUACAAUCUACAACGAAAUAACCAACUUGUGCCAGUGUCCAUACGGAAGCAUAGGUUACUACCCGCAUUGCAACUGUGCGGAGGGAUUCACUUUCGAUGACAUAAACAAAUCAUGCCAGAGAUGUCCAGACGAAAGUGAUGGCGUGUAUCCAAACUGCGUUUGUGUAGAUCAGAACAGUACAUACGUAAGGGAUUUGAAUCCGUGUAACAUAAGUCCAGGUAAUUGCCUUGCAGCUGAAAAAUAUGUGAUUUGUGAUUGUAAACAUCCGGCACAGUCGAAUUUCCACUUGUACGGGCAAGCCAACAUUUGUGUAGGAUGCCCUGAAAGAAGUGCGGGAGUUUAUCCACAUUGUAAAUGCGAAAAUGGCUAUUUCAGUCAGACUCUCCGAAAAUGUAUUGAGUGUCCAGCUGAUGCUACCGGUCUGUAUCCAGAGUGUAAAUGUGACGAUGAACGUUUGGCAUUCAGUCCAUACAUCAAUGAAUGCUAUCGUAAAUGUCCCGAAAAUAGCUCGGGCAUUCGACCGAAUUGUAGAUGUGAUAGUGGAUAUUACUACGAUGAUAGUGACUUUGCAUGUAAAAGCGGAAUUGGGCGGUUGUGUCCAUUCGAUAGUAUUGGAAUUGGUCCGGACUGCUUAUGUGUGAGAGAAUUUUACAAAUUUGAUUCGUCCUUCUGGUCUUGUCAGGUUGGAGGAGUGCACUAUAUUUUUGGAUCAUCAAACUUUUGCCCCAGAAAUAAUGGGAAAUGGCCACAAUGUGGAGCAUUAAUCGAUUUCAAAGUACUAACCACUUUAGUGGGUCGUUGAAAUUUGUGGUUCCAUUAGAUUAUCUUUCAAUUAUUUGAUGUUUAUCUAUAAGAUUCACUAAAAUAAAAUUAUCUCUGGCAAUACAAUCGAAAUAUAUCUUU